AUGUCAAAUCUACUAGCGCUCGCAAUUCUCCUCCUCUCCAGCACACCGGUGCCGACGGCCGGUGACCAGUCCUUCUGCAACGAUGCCCCGUACAAGCGAGACAGCACCUACAUGUCCAACCUGAGGUCGCUCGCCGGAGCACUGAUCGGGGACGCCGCGAGGCUGCACUCGGCCACCGGCGCUGCCGGGAAGGACCCUGACAGGGUCUACGGCGCCGUGCUCUGCCGGGCGGACUCCGCAGGUGCUGACUGCGCCAGGCGCCUCCGGGAUGCCCUUGCCGCCAUCGACGGCGACGGCCGCUCACCUUGCGCGCUCCACAGGGACGUGGCCGUCUACUCCGAGCUGUACCAGCUCCGUUUCUCCGACCGGAACUUCCUCGCCAACUUCAGCAACGCGCCGGAAUGGGUCGACGUCACGAACCCAGACCUCGUGCCACUCGCCGUGGCCGCGCAGUUCGACGAGCGGGUCAUGGAGCUGUUGGGCGCGGUUGCUGACGCCGCGGCAGGGCGACCGGGCAGGUGGGCCGUCGGCGAAGCACCGUGGUCAUCGUCCGGGGACAGGGACCGGACGGUGUACGGGCUGGCGCAGUGCACGUGGGACAUGCCGCCGGACCACUGCCGGGCCUGCCUUGAUGGCGUCAUGGCGGAGAGGCGACGCAAGAUCGGCAGCGGCAAGAUGGGCACGGCGGUCUUCGGGGCGCGGUGCACCUUGCGGUAUGAGAUGGACCUGCAGUUCUUCAACGUCACUGGCAACAGCAAGAUGGUGUCCCUACGGAAGAAGAAAGACCGUGCGUUCUUCAUCAUUGCAACAGCUUACACUUCGGCAGUCCCUCUGUACACGCUUGUUUUUCUGGCUGCUAAGCGUCUGGAGGAAACAAAAAAAACAACUUCUCACCCAAAAAAUAUACUAGGAGAGGGUGGAUUUGGCCCAGUUUACAAGGGAGUAUUUCCUGAUGGACAAGAGGUAGCAAUAAAAAGACUGUCUGCUCGGUCACGGCAAGGUCUAAUAGAGUUCAAGAAUGAGAUCCAGAUUAUAGCAAAACUUCAGCACAAAAACCUUGUUAGACUGCUUGAUCCAAUCAGACAGGCAUCGCUUAAAUGGAAGAGACGAAUUAAAAUAGUUGAUGCAAGUAAUAUCCUGUUAGACUCUGAUCUAAACCCUAAGAUUUCUGAUUUUGGGAUGGCAAGGAUAUUUCCAUCGGAUGCCACUCAAGCAACAGCCAGCAGACUUGUGGGAACAUAUGGAUACAUGGCUCCUGAAUAUGUAUCUGAUGGCCUUCUCUCGAUCAAGUCAGAUGUUUUCAGUUUCGGGGUCCUGCUUCUUGAGAUUAUAAGUGGAAAGAGGAGCUCAGGUUUUCAGCACAAUGGAGAGUUUUACAACCUUCUUGAAUACGCCUGGGAACUGUGGAAAGAUAGGAGAUCUAAUGAGUUCAUUGAUCAAUCAUUUGGUGAUGACUAUGAAAUGGAAGAGCUGAUGAAAUACCUUGCUGUGGCAUUGCUGUGUGUUCAAGAAAAACAAUAG